AUGUUCGCAAACUCCAUAAACAAUAUAUGGUCUCAAGCAAGCCCCCUCGCUUGGUUUCAGAGGUUUAGCGCUUUUCUACUUCGGGUUGGUUUCAUCCAAAGUCGAUCUAAUUCAUCCUUUGUGUAUCGUGAUGGCUCACAUGUCCUGAUUUUGCUCCUCUACGUUGAUGAUAUUGUGUUUACGGGCAGUAAUCCCUCUCAACUCUCCACUUUUAUUCAUGCUCUUCGUAUUGAAUUUGAGGUUAAAGAUCUUGGUAGGCUUAAUUACUUUCUUGGCAUCGAAGUCUCACAUAUCAAAGAUUUUGUUCACCUUACACAAAAUAAAUAUACACUCGAUCUUCUCCGAAAAAGUAAUCUUCUAGACUGUAAACCAGUCUCAGUCCCCAUGGCUUCCCAAACCUUUACUUCUCGCACUGAUGGGUCUCCUCUUGCUGAUCUAACUCCAUAUCGCCACCUCAUGGGUGCUCUUCAGUAUCUCACCAUAACUCGCCCCAAUAUAGCCUACGCAGUUCAACAUGUUUCUCAAUUCAUGAGUUCUCCCAGUGAUACACAUUUGGAGGCUGUGAAACGUAUACUUCGUUACCUUAAAGGAACUCUUGGGCAUGGUUUAUCCCUUUGUCGUUCCCAUGAUUCUUCUCUUCUUAUUGCAUACUCGGAUGCCGAUUGGGCAGGGUGUCCAGACACUCGUCGAUCGACUACAGGGUAUGUAUCUUUUUGGGACCCAAUCUCAUUUCAUGGAGUGCCAAGAAACCACGUAUAG